GCCAAUUGAUCUGUCUUUUGGGUGGAGGGCAGGGAUGCUAAUGUAACACUGAGCAGCUGGCUGGCUGCAUUGUGCUCUGUCCAAUGGUAGCAGAGCUCUGUGAGAGCAGCGUUAUGCUAGUCAGUACAGGCUCAGCUGCAAAACAGACCCGGCAGCAUCUUGUGCAGGAAGGAGUCAGUCCCAUCAGGAUGGCAUCUCUUGGCUCCUGGAAGAAUGAAACAGCCUUGAUUCAGCAGCAAAUUGGCUUUCAAGUGCAAAAAAUCUAUCCUUUCCAUGAUGGCUGGAACACUGCUUGUUUUGUGAUCCUGGUCCUAUUUAUCCUUACAGUACUCUCGCUGGUACUGCUUGCCUUUCUAUAUGAAAUGCUGGACUGUUGCUGCUGUGCCAAGCACAAGACAGUUAAAGAUCUGGAGAAUGAGCCAAAUCCUGUAAGGGCCUUAAUGAGCAGCAUGAAGAAACGAAAGACCGAAGUAGUGUAAGAAGUGGUAAAAGAACUCUCUCGAAGGGGAAAUAGAUCUGGCUGCUUAAAUAUGAGAAGAAAACAAUUUGCAAGCAACUGCCAUGUAUCCUCCUCCACAAGGCCAACAUAAGGGCAGGCUAUUCUGUUAUUUGACAAGAGUAGUCUGUUAUGCCAUUCUAGGUUUGUUGCAAGAUACAUGAUAUAAGAAAAUUAUUCUCUGCCAAGGAAACCAUUGAAAUGUGUGGUACUCCUAUAUAUUUUAGGUGUAAUAGGAAAGAUCAUCAUAAUAAUAUUAUCACAGCACCUAUUUUAAAGUAGUGAUAUUUGCAAUUUGUUGGGUUUAGAUCAAAUGGGGCCUUAGACAGGGAAAUGUAUUUUUGCCAUGUUGCUUUAUGACUAGUAAUACAGCAACAAGCCAAAA